AUGGAGGGCGCGGAGAGCGGGGCGCUGGGUCCCCAGCCGGAGCCGCCGGUGGGAGACGGGCAGGGCGCGGGGGAGGCGGCCCCGGAGCCCCCCGCCGCCCCCCAGAAGCCCCCUUACUCCUACGUGGCGCUGAUCGCCAUGGCCAUCCGGGAGAGCCCGGAGCAGCGGCUGCCGCUGAGCGGCAUCUACCGGUACAUCGUGGGGCGCUUCCCCUACUACCGGCUGGGCCAGAAGGGCUGGCAGAACAGCGUCCGCCACAACCUCAGCCUCAACGCCUGCUUCCUCAAGGUGCCCCGGGAGCGGGGCGCCGAGCGCAAGGGCAGCGACUGGACCCUGGACCCGGCCUUCCACGACAUGUUCCAGCCGGGCAACUACCGGCGCCGGCGGCGGGUCAAGAGACCCCAGCGGGCCCCCCUGGGGGCGCCCGGCCCGGCCCCCGCCUGCCUCACCUGCCAGGAGCUGCCCUACCACCUGCCCCACCAGAGCCCCCCGGCCGCCUACCUGGUGGGCAGCGCCUGGGCAUCCGCGGGGCAAGCCCCGCCGAGCUGCCCCCCGUGCACGGUGCCCCUGAGCGGCUACGGCCCCUACCCGCGGCUGCUGCUGCCCGGAGGGGGGGCGCAUCAGCCGCUGAGCCCUGCGACCGGGGGGGCCGGCUGCCCUUACCAGCAGCCCCCGGAGCUGCCCUUCAUGCGUUACUGGGGCGAGCAGGAGAGACCCUACGGCGCCUUGCCCGCCGGCAUAGACCUUUGA